AUGGCCUCAGCUACGACCAACUCCUGCCUCUUCUUCUUCCUUCUCGUCCUCCUCUCGGCAGUGGCUGCCUUCGCCGAUGACAAGUUCACCCACCUGCACUUCUACUUCCACGAGACGGACAGCGGGCCCAACGCAACGCUGGUGACGGCGGUGGAGCCUCCGAAGAACUCGACCACCUCAUUCGGCAGCAUCGUGGUGUACGACAACGUCCUCAGGGAGGGGGCCGACCCCGCCUCGGCGCUCAUCGGCAGGGCCCAGGGGAUCGGGGCCAUCUCGGCGCUCGACGGCGGGAGCGGGCUGGCGGCGAUGAACCUGGUGUUCACGACGGGGGAGUACAACGGGAGCACGCUGGCGUUGCUGGGGCGGUUCGUGGCCGGGGCCGUGUCAGAGCGCGGCAUCGUCGGCGGAAGCGGGCGCUUCCGCCUCGCUCGGGGCUUCUCGUUGAGCAAGGUCGUCAGCUCCACCGCCACAACGGUGGUUGCCGAGUUUGACGUUUACGUCACGCAUUAUUAUUGA